UAACCAUUUCAAAUAAUUUCUCACCCACAGAGUUACAGUUGCUGGAUGGACUUGAAUUGAUUAGGGUUUAAGAAAUUUGAAAAAAAUAAUACAGUUUGAGCGAUUCUGAGUAUAGAUAGGGUUUAAGAAAUUAACGGGAAAAUUAAUGGAAAGCAGCGGCGUGGAGCAGAUAUUGCAAGAUGGGAAGCUGUUUCGUCAGGUUAAUUCUCUCAUUGUUGCUCAUCUUCGGGAGAACAAUCUCUCUCAGGCUGCAAGUGCAGUUGCUUCAGCAACAAUGACUCCGUUGAACGUUGAAGCCCCGCCGAAUAAGCUUCUUGAGCUUGUCGCCAAGGGUCUUGCAGUGGAUAAAGAGGAGAUAGGAAGAGGGGUUCCUUUGAAUCCAUUGUAUGAUUCCGGAGCAUCCAUUCCUGCAGUUUAUGGUUCAAUCCCAGCUCCCCGAGCUGCUCCUGUUGAUUUCAGUGCCGUGCUGGAUGCAAAAGGCUCAUCAAAGAAUUUUCCAAAGCAUGAGACACGACAUCUUUCAGAGCACAAGAAUAUUGCCAGAUGUGCAAGAUUUAGUCCAGAUGGGAGGUUUGUUGCAACUGGAAGUGCAGACACCUCCAUUAAACUCUUUGAGAUAGCAAAAAUCAAGCAAAUGAUGCUACUGGAUUCAAGAGAAGGUCCUGUACGACCUGUCAUACGAACAUUUUACGACCAUAUACAGCCAAUUAAUGAUUUGGAUUUCCAUCCUCAAAACACUAUUCUGAUAUCUGGAGGCAAAGAUCACACGAUAAAGUUCUUUGAUUUUUCCAAAGCUACUGCAAAGAGAGCAUACAGAGUUAUCCAGGAUACUCACAACGUUCGUUCUGUGUCUUUUCAUCCUUCUGGAGAUUUUCUUCUUGCUGGAACUGAUCAUCAAAUUGCACACUUGUAUGACAUUAAUACCUUUCAGUGUUAUCUAUCUGCAAAUGCACCAGAGAUCGGUGUUAAUGGAGCCAUAAAUCAGGUGAGGUAUUCAUCCACUGGCGGCAUGUAUGUUACAGCAUCUAAAGAUGGUGCUAUUCGGUUAUGGGAUGGGGUAAGCGCCAAUUGUGUGCGCUCCAUAGUUGGUGCUCAUGGAACAGCAGAGGCCACCAGUGCAAACUUUACGAAGGAUCAAAGGUUUGUUCUUUCUUGUGGGAAGGAUUCUACUGUAAAGCUCUGGGAAGUUGGCACUGGAAGAUUGGUUAAACAAUAUCUCGGAGCUUCACAUGCACAGUUGCGAUGCCAGGCUGUUUUCAAUGAUACUGAAGAGUUUGUACUAGCCAUUGAUGAACUAGGCAAUGAGAUAGUUAUCUGGGAUGCUUUGACAGCUGAAAAAGUUGCAAGGUGGCCUUCAAACCAUAUCGGUGCACCUCGUUGGAUUGAACAUUCACCAGCAGAGGCUGCCUUCAUUACCUGUGGCACUGACAGGUCAAUCCGGUUCUGGAAGGAGACUUUAUAAGGACUUGGAAUACUUAUGCCAUUUUCAAUUCAAAGAGUGUAGAUUAGAGAGUUGAUGUACUAACAAUUAUUCUGCGUAAAACCUAAUAACAUCAUGAGAUUGAUAGACUUGUUUGACACGGUAUUGCCUCUGCCCAGCAGGAUGCAAUCAGUUAGAGGCCAAGUACAGUUUCAGUUUCUUCUUUUCCUUCAUUAUGACAAUUAUAAGUCUAGUAUGAAUCCUCAAUACGAUACCUUAUCAAAAUUAGAUGGAA